UUAAGUCACUCACUUACUGUUUGGGAUUAAGUUGGAAGUUGGUGCUGUUCACUGAGACCUCGCCGGCACAGGGUCACAGUGGUGGUGUUUGUUUGCAGUGGUGGUGUUUGUUUGAAGUGGUGGUGUUUGUUUGCAGUGGUGGUGUUUGUUUGCAGUGGUGGUCAGACAGGAACCUGCUUUUCUUCUGAACAAGCACAAUUCCAUACAUGUUUCUUUAUGGUCAAGGUGGAAACCAGGUUUGCACUGUGUGUGUGAGUAACCCCUGUGCUAUCCUAGUGACAGAGAAUAUGAUGAGGCUUGCCCUGUACCAGCCAGCAUGCUGGAGUGUGUCUUACUGGGGUCUUGACAUCGGCGCUUUGUUUAGUGAACAAGUUCUGAAGUUGCUGGAUCACUGCAUCCACAGUUUUCAGCUGAGGUAGAACAGCAGUGUGUUCAUGUUGAUAAGGGAGAGUUUGUUCGCUUGGGGUGCUCUGCUAUUAACAAUUUCAGUUCUUCCUGUCUGUGAAAUGAACAUUUGACUUUAUAGUCGGUGGUGAGCAACAAGGUACCAGAUGGGGGCUGGUGAGAGGGAGAGGAGCUACUGAACAAAACUGUUUCUGUGAAGGAAAUCAGCUGUUAAUGCCUCUGUGCUUUGGGGUUGGAUGGGUGUGAGGAGGCCCUGUUACAAUAUCGAGGCCUUGAUGUGAACCUUUCACCUACUUCUUUCUUUUCCAUAAUGUCUUUUAAACAGGUUAUGCUUAUCGAGGCCUUGAUGUGAACCUUUCACCUACUUCUUUCUUUUCCAUAAUGUCUUUUAAACAGGUUAUGCUUAAAAGAGAGUUCCUGCCGAGUGCUUUUAUGACUUUGUUUGUAACUUCACGGUAAAUGAGCUUCUUCGAGUAUCUAUUUGAUUACCACAUCAUCUGGAUCCAAAGAUCACUUUUACUAAAAUGUGGACUUCCAGAAAGCUUUGUAGCACUCAAAUACUGUUGCUCCAGAUGAAAGAAGGCCAAUUGUGUAGUUGCAGGCUUCCCAAAACUUGGCAAUUCUGGAUUGGAAUUCCAAGCUAUUGCACUUUAAGAGUGCCACAUAACAGAAUUAAAUUUCAGGUUUCCAAGAUAAAUGAUAAACAAUCAGUAGUUGAUAGAAAAAUGGCUACUAGUGCAGAGGGAACCAAAAUAGCUGUUGGAAAAAGUCCCAGUGAAGUUUGUGAUGGAAGACAACAUUCAUUACAAGCCCAAAUGAGACACAUCAACCUGUCCUUUGCAGCUUGUGGCUUUCUGGGCAUUUACCACUUGGGGGCAGCAGCUGCUUUUCACAAGCAUGGUAAGAAGUUACUGAGAGAUGUGAAAGCUUUUGCGGGAGCUUCUGCGGGAUCUCUGGCUGCCGCUGUCUUGUUAGCAGUGCCAGAAAAUAUAGAGAAAUGUAAGCACUUUGCGUAUGGAUUUGCAGAGGAAGUCAGAAGAUUGAACUUUGGUGCUGUAACACCUGGUUAUGAUUUUAUGAAAACACUUAGGGAGGGCAUAGAGUCUAUUCUUCCUUCUGAUGUUCAUGAGAUAGCUGAGAACCGGCUCUAUGUGUCAGUCACUAACUCCAAGAGUGGGGAAAAUCACUUGGUUUCAAAUUUUGCCUCCAGGGAGGACCUCAUUAAGGUCCUGCUAGCAAGUAGUUUUAUACCAGUGUAUGCAGGAAUUAAGCCAGUGGAAUUUAAAGGACAGAAGUGGGUUGAUGGUGGGCUUACCAAUGGCCUUCCUAUCUUGCCUGUUGGAAGAACGGUGACAAUUUCCCCUUUCAGUGGUCGAUUAGAUAUCUGUCCACAAGAUAAAGGGCGUGUGGACCUGUAUAUUAAAUUAGCAAAGCAAGAUAUGAUGCUGUCUCUGGCCAACCUAGUAAGGCUUAAUCAAGCUUUGUUCCCACCAGACCAGGAGAAAAUGGAAUCGUUGUACCAAAAUGGCUUUGACGAUGCUGUACGAUUUUUAUUGAAAGAAAACUGGUUUGAGUAGACAGCUCAUAGAAAAUUAGCAAAACAUAAGGGAUGUCAAAACACACCUACAGGCAUCCUAGAGAAUCUCAGGGAUUGCUGCUCCAGUUCCUGUUCCUGAAAAUAAACAUCCCAAUGGACUUGUGUGUGCUUCUGCUGAGAAAGUAUCAGUUGCACUCCACGGAGCUGUAUAAACAUGUUAGAACAGGAACUGGACGUGCUUGGUGGAUGUCUUGUUUUGAAGAGGUUCCACUUAGAUUCAUUUUACUGCAGCUGGGGACUUGAAUGUGGGAUUAGUAAAAAGCUUGUAAAAAGUGUCAUAAUUACAGGAAUUUGGAAAGGUCUUUUUCAGUGUUGAGAGGAGAAUUGAUGUUAUAUAAUGAAAAAAUACCACCUGUAUUAUUCACGUAACAGAAUUCUGUGUAUUAGUUCUACAUAUUAAUUGGAUACUCACAGUGUUACUGAACUAAAACGUAACUUGCACUGUUCUAAAGGACUUGAAAAUUAAGUACUAGACACAAUAAGAUAAAACAUUUGCACUCUAAUGUAUUUUUUUCAUGUUAAAAGUUCUUUCUUCAGUGAGUGUCUUAUUUUAAAAUUUUAAAUACUACCUGAAUUUUUUAGUAGAAAUGUGAUAUAAAAAUAACUUAUAAAGAAGGGUGUAAAAUUUGUCAUAUUUAUUAUGUUUUCUCUUCCUCUGCCAAAACUGAAUAAAUAUAUUUUCUUGAAA